UUGCCGAAGAGAGAGAGAGAGACUUGGUACCAUGAUGCUUCUUGUGGUCGUCGGUAGUCCACAAACCCAAUAAAGAAAAUCUAUCCACUUCUGAGGUGAGAAAACAAUGCAUAAUUUGGCAGCAGUCCUCCUCAUUAAUUGGUCAAUUUUCUUCUUCUACUCAAUCAAGUGCCAGAUAUUUGAUAGAGAUCUGAACACAAUUUUAACGAGGAAGACUGCUGCCCAAUUAUGCAUCGUUUUCUCACCUCAGAAUUGAAUAGAUUUUCUUUAUUGGGUUGGUGAACUUUUCCGAAGACCACAGGAAGCUCCAUGAGACUAAGUCUCUCUUUCUCUCUCCAUGCCCAUGUCUCAUCUUCUCUGUGUAAUUCUCUUCCUUCUCUCAUCCUCUACACAAACAAGAACACUAGGUGACAACAGUGGUGAGAGUUUCUUCAAACAAUGUCCACCAACCAAAUGCACCAACAAAGGCCCAACAAUCAGAUUUCCUUUUAGGCUCAACACUCAGCCAUCCAUUUGUGGCCUUGAAGGAUAUGAAUUAUCAUGCUCUGGCAACAACACACUCAUCAACUUUCCUUUCUCAGGAAACUACUAUGUUAAAGAGAUUUCGUAUCGAGAAAGGACAAUUUCGCUCAUGGAAGUCCAUUACAAAAAUUGCCCAUUACAAAGCCUUAUGUCCUUUAAUCGAUCUGAUUCAAUCUUGGAUAAAUCAACCACCCCGUUCUUACCUUUUGCUCUCGUAAAAUGCCUCGACAGAGUUGCAACAGAUCGAAUGAUAGGACCGAUUGAGUGUUUGCGCGACGAUGAUAGUCUAGUAUAUGUAAUGGAUGCUGAUGGAGCAAUGGAUAGGCUGCCAUUAAAUUGUCACACAUCUAAAACAGCCGAAAUAGCAAAUAGUGGGUUAAUACAUAGUGGUGUGAUUCCAGCAAUUGAGAGCCAGCUAAGAACUGGAGAGAUCAUUGAAGAAUGGAGAACUCUUGACUGCUACUAUGGUUGUGAAACAUCAUGGAAUUACUGUGCUUACAAUAGUACAAGUAAUGAAACCAUCUGUUAUAAUCCGAGGCACAAAAGUUCUCAUGUACCUUUGAUUAUAGGCACAAGUAUUGGUGGCACCAUUUUACUUGCAGUGAUGAUAUUUUUAAUCUGCAGAUCAAGAAAAUCUGACAAUGAAAAAGAAACUUGGCUGAAGAUAGAGAAAUUCCUAACAAAUUACAAGACCCUUUCUUUAACUAGAUACAAUUUCUCUGAGAUCAAAAAGAUAACUCGUCGAUUUAAACACAAACUAGGCCAAGGAGGUUGUGGAAGUGUUUACCAAGGAAGUCUUCCUAAUGGAAUACCAGUUGCAGUUAAAAUGCUCGAGAAUUCAAGAGGAAAUGGUGAAGAAUUCAUCAAUGAAGUGAUUGCUAUAAGCAGGAUACACCAUUUCAAUGUCGUUCGCCUUUUGGGUUACUGCUACGAAGGGACUCAGCGUGCUCUUGUCUACGAGUUCAUGCCCAAUGGUUCACUUGAGAAGUUCAUCAUCUCAAUUAUCGAUGAUUCAAAGACUCAUCGACAAUUGAGUUGGGAAAAGAUACAACAAAUUGCAAUAGGCAUUGCCAGAGGAAUUGAGUAUUUGCACCAAGGAUGUAACCAAAGGAUCCUACAUUUCGACAUCAAGCCUCACAACAUUUUACUAGACCAUAAUUUUCAGCCUAAGAUUGCUGAUUUUGGGCUGGCCAAGCUUUCCUCAAAGGAUCAAAGUAUUAUAUCUGUGACAGGUGCAAGAGGGACUCCGGGCUAUAUUGCACCCGAGCUUUUCUUGAGGAACUUUGGAGAGGUUUCGUACAAGUCAGAUGUAUACAGUUUUGGAAUGUUGUUAUUAGACAUUUGUGGUUGUAGGAACAACAAAGUCGAUGAAACAGUUGAAGAUCAAAGCCAGAUUUAUUUGCCAGAAUGCAUUUAUGACAGAUUGAGUGAAGGGAAAGAGCUGGAAUUGCAAAUUGAGACGGGUGAAGAAGAGAUGAUAGCCAAGAAGCUCACAAUUGUGGCCUUUUGGUGCAUUCAAUGGAGGCCAAAGGAUCGACCUUCCAUGGCAAUGGUGGUUCAGAUGCUGGAAGGUGACUUGCAAAGUCUAAAAAUGCCUCCAAAGCCUUUUGUUUCUUCGGAUGUCGAUGUUGGUUCAACUUGAUGUUGAUUGCUGAAAUUGUUAAGCGUAUGCUUCCAUGACAUCAAUUUCCUUGUUUUGUACUUAUGGUUUGCCAAGCCCGAUGGUGCUUAAAAUCGAAAAACGCUGGUGUAUGUAGUGUCGUGCGCUCCACAUGUAUAAUUAUGGGUGAAGAUCCACUUCGUUUCUCCCACUUCGCAGA